ACAUGUCUUUUGAUUUCUUUAUUAGUGCCAUUCUUCAUUGCUAAUUGUUCAGUCUUCCAAGUUUUUGAGGAGCAGGUAGAGAUCAUGUUUAGUGAUGCAGAGCAAGAGCUUGCUAUCAAUGGAGAGUCUAAGGGUAUUAUGGCAGAAGGUGAUCAACUCCCUCUUCAAAAUAGCAGACCAACUAGCAUGGUCAUCAAGAGAGCUCAUAAGGUGAUUCCAGCUCACUUGGUAGCUGAGGCCAUAUCAACUCUCAAUGGCCUUGACCUUCGAUGGUCAGGUCCUAUAACACCAAGUGAAAUGCAAUAUGUGAGACAGUAUAUCUUCGCAAAGUACCCACAGUACUACAAUGGUCUUGUGGAAGAAGCAGACUCCAUUGAUUUAAACAAUCUCUGCAUCACCGACAGUUCUGGCAGUAGAGAGUCUUCUGCUUCCUUCAAUGGCGUCUCUUCCGAUCUUGACAAAACCCAGUUGGAGACUUCAAGAUUGCUAGACAUUCUAACCGAGAAAACCUCAUUUCGAGGCAAUUUCAUGUCAAUCCCUGAAAUUCAAGCCCAAAAUCGGGCAUUGAAACACUGUGGACUAAGCGAAACAGAGUAUUUAGUCCUGUUCAUGCCCUGUUACAAGGACGCGAUGAUCAUGAUUGGAGAGGGCUACCCAUUUUUCAGAGGGAAUUACUACAUGACAAUCAUUGAUCCCCAAAUCGAUCCGAUAAAAGAAUUCGCGAAUCGGAGAGAAUCGAAGGUUGUUCUGAUGCCGGAGACCUGGCUUGAUUUGAGAAUCAAAGGGUCCCAAUUGAGUCAACAUUUCCGGCGAAAGUGUAAGCAUGUACCGAAGGGUCUUUUCUCGUAUCCGGUUAUGGUGAACGGGACCAGAUAUUCGCUCCAUUGGAUCUCCGAGGCUCAUCGGAAUUCGUGGCAUGUUUUGAUUGAUGCGACUGCGUUGAGUUUCGGAGAGGAGCGGCUCGCGCUCGCUCUCCACCGCCCGGACUUCGUGUUAUGUACGCUUGAGAAUGUUCACGGCCAGCCGUCCGAGGUGACUUGCCUCGUCAGGAGAAAAUCGUUCGAAACUACGUCGUUUCAGGCGUUGGGUUAAAUAUGGUAAUUAUGUUGAAAAUUACCAAAAAUAAAGGAUGUAUAUCAUUAGUUAUCAGCUUCGUGUGUAGCAAUUGAUCCAGAAAGAAAUUGAAUCCUUCCUUGUCAGCUACCUCAAAGUCUCCUCUCAAAUUUAGUA